AUGUACACUGAAGUGAAAGAGUUGGUCAACCUCAUUGCUAGGUUGUUGCUCACAAAAGUUCCAAGGACCAAGGUGUGUAUCUUUGCCGAGUAUUACGCAAAUCAACUCAUCCUUCGUUUUUCGGCAAAUUGGGAUGUCCACGAUGCUGUGAUUGGAGACAAGAUUCGCGUCUUAAUUUUGCGUGAUGGAGAUGAGUUGGAUCGAGAUCUUCAAUGUUCGGCUGAUACCAUGCUAGUGCGAAAAGACAUCCUUAUGAAGCAAAUACCUGAUGGUUUCUCGGUGCGAAUUGGCCCUGGCUAUGUUGGCUAUAGUGUCAACGAGUGUUCACCGCUGAUCCACCUCUGGAAUGGACCAAUCAAUGCUGAUGACAAUUACAACCCUUUUCCUGAAUUCGUCUUAAAGUGGCAAAGCUCAAACUCGGGAACCACAACAAACAUGGGAAUUGGAAAAGGAGUUCGCGGAGGGGCAAUUUAUGGCCGAGGAAAUAUGGAUGAUGGUAGCAAGCUUGAUGUCCACGAUUUUGUUCCACUUCGUUUAAUCGUUCGCCCAUUUUUGACUCAUGGGCCUAUCAACCCAUAUUUUCAUGGAUCACUUUAUGAAAAAUCAUUUGAGUACACUGGAAAGGAAGAUGCGAACGUUGAAGUUGGACAUUUCGCCAUGACUCGCUUUGGAAGCCAAAAGAAACGACCCGACUACGAAUUGAUCCAACGAAUUCAACGCCAAGUCAAACCGGAGGCAUCAAUUGAUCACGAAGGCAUGCCACCACCGCCCCAAGCUUUUGCCGACAAACCCUCACCAGCUCCCAUUCAAUAUCUUCCUUUCCACAGCAAGAUAAAGGAUAACGUGGUGCUUUGCAACUCAGGUCAGCAGCAAAAUAUGUUUGGAUCUGCUAGCGACGUGAAAAUUACGCAAGACGAGUCUUCAAAUACCAUGGCUUUCCUGCAGGGUAUCAACAAAAGUGGUGGACUGAAUGGCGCGAUUAAUGGAGCUCAAAUCAUACAAAACACGUAUGGCGCUUGGUGCCCAAAUAUUUCUCCAGUGAAAAAAACUGAGUUCCAG